GGUAACUUCCGGGUUUGGAAGGGAGGCUUGUGCACGUGUGGUACUCGCCUUGGGCCCUGGAUCACCGCUGGCCCGGCUGAACUGGGCGUUCAGGCCUAAAGAUGAAGGCGAGGAGGAAUAAAAAACAGGUCCCAAGCUUCCGCAAGUUAUUAAAAACUAGUAAAGUCAAACUUGAAAACAAGCUAAAAAAUAAGCAAUUUAAACAACAAAGCACUCUCAAGAAGUACCGGAAAGAACAGAGGAAACUAAGGCAAGCUGUAAAAGAUGCUGUUUCUAAGAAACCCAUUCCAUUGGAAGACCCAAAGGAAAAACGACCAGUCAAAAGGAUUGAGAGGGAAGAGGAAGAAGAAGAAGAAGAAGCCCUUCCCUUAGAUAUGAUGGAUGAAGAUGACCUACAGUUAAUGAAGGAUUUAGGACAGAGAGCAUCUUUCCUAACAAGAGAUCUUUCUUCUAGUGAGCCAGUUCAUGCCAAGAAACGGAAGAAAGAGCAUGUUAUAGAUAAAUAUGAAAAAAUACCAAGAACUCUGCAAACAGAACCUGAGAAGGAACUGAUACACUUGCUUCCUAUCAAAGAUAAAAGCGGUAUCAUCCCUCAGACCCGGGAGAAGCCAGCUGUUGACAUUAACAAAGAUGAAGAGGAUCAAGAAGAAGAGAUGGAAGAUAACGAAGAGACAGCUGAAGAGCCUAUUCGAGAGCUGACUGUAGAAGAACAUCUGAUUGAGAGAAGGAAGAAACUCCAGGAGAAGAAAAUACAUAUUGCAACCUUGGCUUCUGCCAUCCUGUCAGAUCCAGAAAGUAAUAUUAAAAAACUGAAAGAACUGCGUUCCAUGCUCAUGGAACAGGACCCAGAUGUAGCUGUUACUGUGCGGAAGCUAGUGAUAGUUUCGUUGAUGGAGCUGUUUAAGGAUAUUACCCCUUCAUACAAAAUCCGGCCUCUCACAGAAGUUGAGAAAUCUGCCAAGAUGCGAAAAGAAACCCAAAAGUUACGAGAAUUUGAAGAAGGCCUUGUUAGCCAGUAUAAAUUUUAUUUGGAAAAUCUGGAGCAAAUGGUUAAAGACUGGAAGCAAAGGAAGCUGAAGAAAAGUAACGUGGUGUCCUUAAAGGCUUACAGAGGACUUGCAGAAGUGGCUGUGAAGAGCCUGUGUGAGCUGUUGGUGGCACUACCUCACUUUAACUUCCACAACAACAUCAUCGUGUUGAUUGUCCCUCUCAUGAAUGAUACCUCAAAAUCGAUAUCUGAAAUGUGUUGUGAGGCUGUAAAGAAACUUUUUAAACAAGAUAAAUUAGGUCAAGCUUCUCUUGGUGUAAUUAAAGUGAUUUCUGGCUUUGUGAAGGGCAGAAAUUAUGACGUUAGGCCAGAGAUGUUAAAAACAUUUUUGUGCCUAAGAAUUAAAGAAGUGGAAGUAAAAAAAGACACAGAGGACAUUAAUAAACCAAAAAAGUUCAUGACUUUCAAGGAAAAAAGAAAGACUCUAUCAAGAAUGCAAAGAAAGUGGAAGAAAGCAGAAGAGAAACUAGAGCGAGAGCUUCGGGAGGCAGAAGCAUCAGAAAGUACUGAGAAGAAACUUAAACUGCACACAGAGACUUUGAAUAUUGUAUUUGUAACCUACUUCAGAAUACUGAAGAAGGCCCGACGGUCACCUCUCCUACCUGCAGUUCUGGAAGGUCUUGCCAAGUUUGCUCAUCUUAUAAAUGUGGAGUUUUUUGAUGAUUUGUUAGUAGUUCUUCACACACUCAUUGAGUCUGGUGACUUAAGCUAUCAAGAAAGUCUUCACUGUGUCCAGACUGCAUUUCAUAUUCUUUCUGGACAAGGUGAUGUUUUAAAUAUUGAUCCAAUGAAAUUCUACACACAUCUGUACAAAACACUGUUCAAGUUACAUGCAGGUGCAACCAACGAAGGUGUUGAGAUUGUUCUCCAGUGCCUGGAUGUCAUGCUUACCAAGCGCAGAAAGCAAGUGUCCCAGCAGCGAGCCCUGGCCUUCAUCAAGCGCCUCUGCACACUUGCUCUUCAGGUUCUUCCAAACUCAGGCAUUGGCAUUUUAGCCACUGCCAGAACAUUAAUGCAUACUUUCCCGAGAGCAGACCUGUUGCUGGAUAGUGACUCUCAGGGAAGUGGAGUGUUCCUCCCAGAGCUAGAUGAGCCGGAGCACUGUAAUGCACAGAACACGGCCCUUUGGGAGCUGCAUGCGCUGCGGAGGCAUUACCAUCCCAUAGUGCAAAGGUUUGCAGCCCACCUCAUCGCUGGAGCCCCUUCGGAGGGCUCUGAAGCACUCAAACCAGAGUUGAGCCGAAGAUCUGCAGUUGAACUUUUUGAGGCUUAUAGUAUGGCAACAAUGACAUUCAAUCCUCCUGUUGAGUCUUCAUACUCCAAAAAGAAGGAUAAGGUUUUACAAGGGACUCCAUUUUUGAAUGAAGAUUUAAAUCAGCUAAUCAAAAAAUACUGCAAUGAACUUCCUGCUCCCUCCUCUUUGGAUUUCACCAAAUAUUUGAAAACAUCACUCCAGUAGUACAAAAAAGCAGCAGCAGUGGAUUUUUUUGUAUAUAUGUACUUGUGUAUAAGCAGCUCUUAAGUGGUUAACUUGGGGAUUUUUCAUUUUAUAUGAGGAAAACUUCCUACGAAGGAUGCCGUUUCCAGGGACAGGGCUGGGCCCCAUGUGUGAAAUAUUUCACUGAGAGAAUUGAAAACCUGUUUUUACUCCAGUUUUGGAUGUCUGUUUCUUAAUGAAGUGUUUCUUUUGUGUGUGUCAGUAUGGAGCUUGAACUCAGGACCUGUGUGCUCAAUCCCUGAGCUCAAGA